AUGCACAGCUAUCGAAAAGUGCUCUAUGCUUCUUGUUUCUUGGACUUGCUGACAACGGUGGAGCGGUUUUUGAUUAUGGGAGUAAGUGUUAUUUAUUUCUUCGCAAGGAUAGUGCUACAAGUGCGACGUUCUAAUUUUGAUGAAACUGGGCACAAUUUAGAGUGAUUCUUUGUAAGGCCUGUGUUAUAUUCCUAGUUGGCGCUUUGUAGAAACGACCGAGAUUUUGAGAUUGAAAUUCGGUAAAAAUAUAUCAAUUUUUUUUUGAAAAUUUUGGCGUACAAAGUUUCAUGUCUAUUUCUACAGUAUAGGCUAUUGUUUUUUCGAAAAAAUCAUUUUUUUCAUGCUCAACUAUCAAAUCUAUAGCCUAAAAGGGAGUUUCUCAAACCGCUAUCCGCCUUUCUCGCACUCUCUCGACUGAAAAGAUCGUUGAAUAUCUCGGCUACGCCUGCAAAGCGUGAGCUAAAACUCUCAGGAAUUUAGAUGAGGUCUAUCCCCAAAACGUAGGCUAAACUUAAAGAAAAUGAGAGCAUCGCACUUGACGUACUUCCCUCGUAAAGAAAAAAUUCCACAGGACAAACCCUUGACUCACAAAACUUUCAGAGGUCAACUUCCAUCAAAGGCAUUCUCAUCCUCAAUUUUGAAGGCCCUCUUCCCCAGCUAGUCGCUUCAUUUGGUUGGCUACCAGAUGGGAAACUGGCCUACUUCCUAAUUCCCGAGUUUUUCUGUCAAAUCGGGACGUUAUGUUACUGUUUUGUGCCGUUUACCUACAGAUACUUUCAUAUUGUCAGGUGAGACUUUUUUCCGACAAAUGCGAAGGACUCUUAUGUAUAUUUACAAUAAGGAUUUUAUAUGAUAAGCAGUCGAUUGUUUGAAUUGCCUUUCAGGAACAAGACGCUGAAUCAGCUACAAUUCUGCCUUCUAAUCGCCUUCUACCUCGCCCCAUCAACAAUCCUUUCGAUUUCACUGCCAAUCCUUUCGUCGUUAGCCUUUGAUGAACUCACCGAAUACGUUGGAGUCGGCGAUCCUCAAUGUCUACGGCGGAUCCCAAUGUUCAACCCGGACUUUGUGGUGACUGAGGUACGAGAUUAGUAAUUGCGGCCGAAGAGUCUGUCCUUUUCGAAGGUUUUUUUAAUCCAAAAUGAGAGGUGACAUGUUAUACGAUGGAAAGGUUUCUUAAAAUUUUCGACGUAACAGGUGACAUGUUAUAAGAAAAUACUCUUAAAAUUUGCAAAAUGACAGAAACAUGUUAUACGAUGAAGUUUUUUCGGCUUUUUUAGAACUUAAGGUGACAUCUUAUACGAUGGAAAUUUUCAUAUCAUUGAAAAAAAUAAGUAAAAUUUCUUCGUAUAAAAUGUCGCUCCCACCUUAAAAGAUUUUUAAAAAGUGUACUCUCCGGAGAAGCCAACUCUUUGCCUGCGACUCCAGAAAUAUCGUUAUCUCAAAACUUGGCAAAAAACAUUUCAUUUCCAUUUUUGACCCCAAUGGUGCAUUAUCCGCAGAUUUAAAAUAACGUUUAUGACGCUUUCAGCCGAUCCGCACAAUCUCAUACGGUUUCACAUCAGUUUUGUCGCUGAUCUUCGCUUUUCCGCCUCUCCUGAUCUACUGUGUGGUGCGGAUAUUCCAAAAAUUGAAUGCGGAUGUCCAGAAGUCCUCGACGAUGGGGAGCAAAAUGCAGCGGCAGGUUACGGUAGCACUGACUUCGCAGGUAAGAUUUUUGAAGAAACCGCUUUUCAUUUCGACCAUUAUUUUCCCGACAGACUGAUAUAUAGGUUAAUUUCAGUCGGUGGUUCCCAUUCUGUUCGUCGCAAUCCCAUUCUUCCUUGGCAUCUUCAACCACAAGACCAUGGGGUCAUUCUCUGUGAUGUCGAUUUCAAUAAACUUGAUCCCCCUGGUCAACCCGAUCUCCACGAUUAUUCUGGUCAAAGACUAUCGGCAAACAAUUGCGCGGGCGUUUGGAAUCGAAAAACAUUUGCAGAGUAUCCAUCGGGUCUCUGUCUUCUCGUCGAAGGGAAGCUUUACUGGCACCUCAACUUGA